GACUAGUAGAACAAGUUUACAGAUGCCCUGGCAACGACCAAAAUGGCGGACGAGGACAGCGAGACGAAACUGGCUGUCGUGGCAAUGACGUCCCAAGAACUCGCCAAGCUGGCGCUGGAAGAUGCCAUGCUCGCAGAUCACUCCAGCGGAGAUGAUUCUUCGGGCGAUGAUGAUGAUGACAUUCGGCCUUCCAUCGCCGACCAACAGAAAGUUGGGUUCUUCAGUCAGGACAGGGCCACGCAGACCGAGCGAUCUGACAUCAUCAAUCUCAAGGAGAUGACAGAGGACAUACAGGGUCUCCUCAAGGAAUCACAAAGACUGAAACGGGAAUUGGCCGUCACCAAGCAAGUCAUGCAGGCCGACUACGAGAACAGACUUCAGGAGAAAACGCUGGAUAUGUAUGUCCGCAUCAACGAGCGCGUGGAGGAACUGCAGAAAAUGCACUCAGAGAGGGUUGAAGUCGUGCGAAGAAGUUUCCGGCAACAAUUGGCUGAUGCUGUCGUCAAGCUGAACAACGAUUGGAAGAAACACGCGGGGAUGAAGAUGCAAGCGGAGCAGAAGCGGCUGGCCAGCAAGAACGAUCAGAUCGGGGAGGACUAUGAGAAGCUGGUGCAGCAGGUUGCGCAACAGGAAGGCAUCAUCGACAUGCUCAGGAUGCAGAUAGCGCAAAUCGCACAGGAACCUCGAAGCGAGGCGUCCACGCCCAGUGCCGUGUACGAGGUGGAACAUCUCCGGGACGAGAUGGGCAGCCUACAGACGAGAAUAGACUCUAUGGAAGAGGCUAUAGAUGCAAAGGACGAACAAAUUGUUGAACUCAACAAGGAUGUUGAAAAGUUAACAAAGGAUCUCGAAAAGGAAAGAGUCCAAGUGAAACAGCUUCUUCACGAAUUAGAAGAAGCCAAGUCGACAGCGCAGCAAGAAAUGGCCUCCCUCCGACGAAAUGCGGAUAAACAAAGAUUGCAGUUGGAGCGAGAUAUGCAAGACAGGAUGUCCAAAGCAAGAGACGAGAUGGUGGGGCUUGCCAAGAAGCACGCCAAGGAGGCUCAGCAGCAGGAAGAAGAGCGGCAACGAUUGCUGGAGGAGCAACGCAAAGUAGCCGUGGCUCUGGAGAAAAAGCAAAAAGAGAGUGCUUUGGAAGCCUCUAAGAGCGACACGGAUCUCCAGCGGCUGAAAAAGAUGGAAACCUUCCUCAAGUUAGAAGUAACCAGAUUAAAGAAAGAACUUGCCAGGACGACCAGAAUGUGGGAGAAGAAAUUUGCCAUUUUGCAAAAAAGCUUGUAUGCUCUCAAAGAUGAGAGUUUUGUCAGGCAAACGUUGCAAAAACAAGCAGCAACACUCCACCAUGCCUCAGUGUCUUACGCAGCCGACACACCCCUGGGCGUGUUACCUAGCAGCCAACCCAACAACACACCCAGACGACAAAACCCACCCCUGCCUGGGAUAGGCAAGAUGUCAAAGGCCAGAGACCCCCGCCUUGACCUGAUCUCACCGUACACUGUGUCGCCGCCCUCGGGCAGGGGCGUGGAGCUUUUCUCUGCAGCAGCUUCUCAAAUCGUUGACAAUGACGAAGUUGAUGAGGACUCGGACCUUGAGGGUGUCAUUCCACUUCCAUCGCCGCCACCAAAAUGGAAGAUAGAUAGCCGUCCAUCUACAUCUGGUCAGGUUAUAGUAUUACCAUCAGCGUGAGAGAACAUCGUUGGACUUACGAAGCAAUUGAACAAACGAUUGUAAUUUGGACAACAAAAAAAUCCCCAGCAUGUUGACUUCAACACAAACAAAAUUGAUCAUUAUAACGAUUAGUAAUCAUUUUUGGCACGCAGUAUAAAAGCCAGUGUGUAGUUCGGCAGUGUUUGUAUCACUUUACCAUGGUUUAAAAGUCACGUAGUGUCUAUGGUAGCGGCUGCAGCCACUUCGCAUAGACUUGUGUAAAACUGUCCAAGCUGUAGCCAGGUCAUUCGGGCACGGCUUUACAUUUCAAUUUAGUCUGGUACCCCAUCUUCUCAUUACACUAGCAAAUUUGACUUUACUUUGGAUAGAUUUGAAGCAAAAUGUAGUACCGAAUGUAUCAGCCCUAGCAAUUAAAUACUUUGUUCACAAAAGCUACACAUUUUUCCCAACAAUUUUAAUUUUGUAUACAUUACAAAAUUCUGAACAAAAUGUGGAACAAGCUUUUUAUUGUCCCAAGUUAUGUGGUGAUUUUUUUUAACCAGUUAUUACUCCCUUUCUGUCCAAAAUAACCAAUUUUUGACAUUUAAUAUAUUUUGUAUGAUUGUUAAUGUAAAAUGUUGUAAAUAUUUGUUUAUAUUGAGAUAUUUUGUUUUUAAAGUGAUAAUUUAUAUAAUUGUAAUAUUUGUACAGUUAAAAGGGUUUACAUGUAGUUGUAUUUUAAUGCUUGGCAUUGUUUUGAGCAAUCAUUUUGAACAAUAAAACAUGGAUAUAAUA